AUGGCUACCCCCAGCGGACAGCAGGUCCACAACAUGGCGUUCAACUUCUACGGUUGGGCCGUCGCAAUCCCUCAACACGUAGAUGGCUACGAAGUUAUCAAAUUGAUGACCAGAGCCCCCUCAUCUCGGCCCUCGAUCAAGGCGAUAUCCGACCGAAAUCUCCGGAUUAGGCGAGACCUGCAGUUCACCGACCAAGAGUUGCAAACUCAUAACGACCCGACGACAGGGGCGGAGGAAGUCUUGCUCGUCGGUUUUACCGUCGCCGACCUCCCCGACGCCGCCAAGAAAAGCGCGAGUAAGAAACUCGGCACGGCUGUUGGUACCGUUGUCGCGCCAGAUCGUACGAUAGCCGUCCAUGACGACAACAGACUGAUCAUGGUCGUCACUCCUAUCAGCGGUCUGGACGGCCAGAUGAAGUUCUACGGUCUUGUCGACCAGCAGGAUGAGGAUGGGCUGUGUACCCCGCAGAUCAUGGACCAGGAAAGCUGCUUCUACUUGCCCAUCUUCCGGGGAGGGGUAGAGUCUGCUUCCAAACGCGAGGUCAAGAAACAGUGGAACAAGAACAUUCGAGACAUUGUUGGAGGUGGAAGCGAGGUUUCGCCUGAUGUCACUGGUAGUGCCAGUGCCACUGCCGACGACGGCGGCGAAAGACAAGUGUCUCCUGAAGCCACAGAAAGUCCCAAGGACAGCGAAGGGCAAGCCUCUCCUGAUGCCGCAGCCAGUGUCAGGAACGACGAAAGACAAGUGUUUCGCGAACUCAGCACUCGUAGUUCGAGAACACAGAGCAGAUUGAGACCCGAUCACCCACAGUGGCAAGCCCAGAAGUUAACAGCCCAGCUUAUGCCACUCCUUCACGACGUUAUCGGAAUCGAGCAGACUCUGAAAGAGGUCAUUACCGCGGCAGACGAAACGGUCACGUCGUCAAUGGAAGAGGUUGCCCCUGGAAAUGGAGAAGUUGAUCCCCAUUCCGAGGAGGAGAUUCGCGAGCGCAGUGUUUCUACCCUGCUCGCGGGCGGGUUCGACAAGAUGUACAGGGAUCUUGUUUGGAUGACUGAAGUCAAGCGGCUUCGCGGCGAUCAACGGGUCGUCAACACCAUUCGUCAGAUUGUAGAUACCACACUGACGCCUUUGGUAUCAAGGCUGCGGGAGAUGGAGAGAUUGAUGGCGCCUGAGGAGGAUGUCGGGUCUGAUAAUGGAAACUCUGAGAAUGUCGACUCUGAGCACAGCGACUCGGAUGAUGGACUCAACGACAAUGUCGACGAAGGCAACGACGACUCGGCGGAUGGUACGCUUGCCAACAACAGGGAUUCGGAUGGCAGCCCGGAUAGCAGUCAGACCGAUGAGGAGUCCGACAGCCGGAGCGAUACCAGUGAAUGGAGCGGUAUCCACGACUCCGAAGACGACGUGGAAAUGGGAGAAGACGAGGAGAUGGAAGACGACGCAGAGAUGGAGGAUCACCAAGAGAUGGAUGGCGACGAAGAGGUGGAAGAGGAUCAAAAUGUGGAAGGCGAUAAAGAUACGGAAGACGAGGAAGAAACAGAAGACAACGAAGAGAUGAGUGACCAAGAGGUGGAAGACGAAGAGAUGGAUGACGAUGUUGAUUUGGUGCAUACCUGGAAUGAGAGCAUCCGCUCCAACCACAGUCCGGAUCAAGACCACGAUGAUGCCGCCAGCAGCUCAAUUUCCGCAGAGGGUGCAAUCGACGUUGCCAACGAGAUCAACGAAGACGGCUCCCUCUGUCACAGCGUCUCCUCCCCCGUCCUCGGCGAAGACAUAGUCCCGAUUGCCGCCAUGGCCGGCCGGGUGGCCGACAACGAUGACGACGACGAGGACGAGGAGCUGGCUAUCGAUAAUCAAUUUAGCACUGCUAAAAGAGCACUUACAAUCGUUUACUAUAGAGGAGAUAGAAUAGAAGUCAAAUAUUAUAUAAGCAAGUCGCGGGAAGGAGGCUGUUUAGGAGGAAGCGGCUUAAAAGGAAGUAAUACGGGAUUUCUAAACCCUUAA